GCGCCACAGCGGCGCGCCGGAAGUGACUGCAGCUGGCGCCAGAGGUCCCGGAAAUUGAUGCAGCUGGGGGCUGCUGCGGACUGACUCCCCGCUUGCGAUGGGUUGCGACGGGGGGACAAUCCCCAAGAGGCACGAACUCGUGAAGGGGCCCAAGAAGGUUGAGAAGGUUGACAAAGAUGCUGAAUUGGUGGCCCAAUGGAACUAUUGUGCUCUAAGUCAAGAAAUACUAAGGCGCCCAAUAGUCGCCUGUGAACUUGGCAGACUUUAUAACAAAGAUGCCGUCAUUGAGUUUCUGUUGGACAAAUCUUCUGGAAAGGCUCUGGGGAAGGCAGCCUCUCACAUUAAAAGCAUCAAGAAUGUGACAGAACUAAGGCUUUCUGAUAAUCCUGCCUGGGAAGGGGAUAAAGGAAACACAAAAGGUGACAAACACGAUGACCUCCAGCGAGCACGUUUCAUCUGCCCAGUCGUGGGCUUGGAGAUGAAUGGCCGACACAGGUUUUGUUUCCUGCGGUGCUGUGGGUGCGUGUUCUCUGAACGAGCUUUGAAAGAGAUAAAAGCGGAAGUUUGUCACACAUGUGGGGCUGCCUUCCAGGACGACGAUGUCAUCGUGCUCAACGGCACCAAGGAGGACGUGGAAAUGCUGAAGAGCAGGAUGGAGGAGAGAAGGCUGAGAGCGAGGCUGGAAAAGAAAGCAAAGAAACCCAAGGCGGCAGAGUCGGUAUCCAAGCUGGAUGUCAGUGAAGAAUCCGCAGGACCAUCAAAAAUUAAGGCCGGGAAGCCUGAAGAAACCAGCCUUGAUUCUAGAGAGAAGAAAAUCACCCCAGCUUCCAAAAGUGCAGCAGCCGCAGCAAAUGGGAGCUCUUCUGGAAGAGUCGGGAAGCCUCCCUGUGGAGCCGCAAAGAGGUCCAUUGCCGACAGCGAGGAGUCUGAGGCUUACAAGUCCCUCUUCACCACCCACAGCUCUGCCAAGCGCUCCAAGGAGGAGUCAGCCCACUGGGUCACCCACACGUCCUACUGCUUCUGAAGCCCCGGCACGCCGUCCCCACGCAGCCCGCUCAGACCCCGUGGGGCAGCUGGUGUGGGCGCUGGCUGUACCACGGAGUCCCUGCUAGGUCUCCCUUUGCACCGUGUCACACAGUUGUCCUCCACACCUCGGAGCCGGUGUGAGGCUCGGGGUUCCAGGAGAGGGCAUGGUGGGCGCCUGCCCCUGUCACCCUGUCCCGCGGGCCCAGUGCUCGCUUCUACCUGUAGAUGUACCUGGACCUUCCCAUGGCCAGGGAUGCCGUGUUGGCCACCUGUGCUUGAAAUCAUGAGAUUCCUGACACCUCAUGGGUGUGUGCUCGGCUCAUUUUGACGAAAAUUCUAAUGGUAUUGCUGCCAACAGUUACCGAAAUAGAACUUAGGAAGGACGAGUUUCCAGUGCACUCUGCCCGCCGGGGGCAUGUCUCCUCACCAGCUGAGGACGUAGGGGAGGUUUUCUUCUUUCAUCAUUUUCAAGAUAGAAGAGAUUGAGUUUGGCACCUUACGAUUUGACACAAAAAUAAAGCAAGUCUGCCGUUUC